AUGUCCAACAACCGCGGCAACGACUGGAACAGCGACCCCAACAACUUCUCCAACACAGGGGGCCCUGAUGCUGGCUUCGGCGGGCAACAGCAACAGACUGGUAGCGACACGUCGACGUUCGGCUCCGACCAGUUUAGUGGUAGUGGCGGCCAGAACCAAGGUCAGGGCAACCUUGACAACAACCUGAGCGGCGGCGGCGGGGGUUUUGACCGCGCCGGCCGCGGCGACACCCUAGGCGACCAGUACCAGACCAGCGCAGGUGCAGGCGACAACUACGGCAGCACUGGCUAUCCCGGUAACACGACCGGCACAGAUUCGUACGGUGCCGGGAACGUGGAUCAGUUCCCUGGCUCUGGCGCGGGUGCGCAGGACACUCAACAAGCCAACCAAUUCUCCCGCUCCAGCGGGGGCGUAGGCGGCGGCGGCGGUCGCGGCUUUGGGGACGGCAAUGACUACGACCAGUCGCAGUACGACCAAGGCGCUGGCACAGGCAACGAGCGUUCUACUGGCCAGAAGAUCAAGGGUGAGUGUCUCACGUAG